AAAUGAAUCAUAAAAGGAGGCGGGUCAGUGCCAUGUAAAACCAAGUGGCAUAACGUCUACCUUUGUUCAACCCAACUGACUUUGUGGGAAGAAAAUGAACAGAACGCAUAGUUUGUUGACAUAUUGACUUUGCGCAAAUUCCCUAAUUUACACAUGGUCAAUAUAAAAUCAUGCGCCUUCCUCCCUUUCCAUCAUAUUGUGAAGUCUGGAGCAACAGCACUACACCACAAGAUAGCCGGAGAAAAAUAUUAAAAUGACGAUUCGCGAAUUCGCAUUUGCACUUCUGUUGCUGUUUACCGUUUACGGCAAAUCGGCCGGGGAUAGAGCAUCCACAACCGACUUCUCAACGAAUUAUGAAGAUACCGACGAGGACAACGGAGGACCAUCUUCUGAGUUCCGACCAAUGGGCUACGACUGGUCGAAAGAAGACCUCGGUUAUGACAAACGAGGGGUGGACACUGAAUGCCUCGAAAGAAAACGCUCGCUCGCCAAAAGGGACGUCACUCCAGAAGAGUUGUGUGCAAAGGAAAAGGAGUUCUUUGGGAAAUUACCGAAAGUUUUAAAAAACCUUCAAAGGGAAUUAAGAAGAACCCUCAGAAAAGCAGAUUUACAAGGAGUUGUAACAGGCAGGAUAAAAGGACUUCAUUCCUUAGUCAAUAAAAUGAACGGAGAUAAAGUAACUGAUGUACGUGAGAUCACGGACAUCGUUGGACUACGUGUAACUCUUCAGACAAUGAGUGAUAUUCGUGCAUUCAAACGAGCCUUUCUGCGCCGCAAUGAUGAACGCGUGACCGAAAUUCGUUGCUAUGGUACCUGCGGUCCAAAUGUUGGCAGUAAAGACGAACGAGAGAAAAGAUAUUGGCCAAUGAGGACAUCUGGAUAUCGUAGACUUCAUUUUAAGGUUAAUGUUUCCAGUUUGGAAACUGAAGCUGAAAUCCAGGUCGGCACUCCUUACAUGACGCUUUGGGCUGAGUGGGAACAUGCUGUAGUAUAUAAAGGACCGGAAAAUCUCAAAAAUGAAAAAAAAGUUCGUUCAUAUGCCCAGAAGCUGGCAGGAUAUUACAUGAUGUUAGAUAACAUCCGCGAUGGGAUGACUAUUAAGUGUCCAGAAGCCCUGAAGUCCACAGCAGGGAGUGAUGUUUUCUCAGCUGAUGACUGGAAGGUUUUUGGAAAGCCUAAAGAUGCCUGCAAUUUCUGGAAUGAUCUGCGCGUUGACAUGCCUUAGACUAACAAGUCACUUAGUUCGUUUUUGCUUUUCUCUACGAUCUUGAAUGAUAUAAUACAUUAGGAGUGUAUUUCAUACAUAAUCAUAAUACGAAUUAUACUUACACUUUAUGUAACUUGUCAA